GUAAUAAUACUCCAUGAAUCUUACCUGUUCUACACUUCUAGUAGAGACUCGGGUCUCAAAUGUGUAGUUUUGAAAGAGGUUACAGCAAACAUGCAUUUUCAUUUUUAAAACAUAAUAUCUGGUACUGCGUUUGAUUCAAGAAAGUUCUCAGCUUUCAUGCCUUAUUUGUAGGAAUACACUCACUUAGGGAAUUUCAGCAGUGUGUUCUGGGUCAUGUUACUGGCUGAAAGAACAUCAGUCAUUAAGGGAAGCAGCUGGUUGAUUGAGGACAGGAACAAAGUCAUUGAAGGGGUGGGGACAAUUUCAUCCUCCAGAUGAAAUGAUCCAGGAUUUUUUUUUUUUAAGGCCAUAUUGGGAUUAGUGUGGUUGCUCUUGGCUGGACUCUCUCCAGCGCCACAAUGACUCUUUGGUGCCGUGGUGAUCAGAAUUGGACACACUACUCUAAGUGCAGUCUCACCAGUGCAUUGCACAGCUUCAUCAUAACCUCCCUGCUUCAGUCUCUGGAACUUUGAAAUGCAUCCACACUCUUUCCUUUAAUCUUAAUCUUGGAGAUCUGGCUACUCUUCGCUGGACUGCACCCAACCCCACACAAUGUCGUCUUGCACUGCAGGGACUAGAUGAUGCUAAAUGUCUGGAAAGAGCUGUACACCUCCAUAGACAGAGUUUAUUUGUCAGCAGUAACCUCUUGUUUUUCCAUUCCGGGUUCAGAUGUUGUAGAUGUGAGACUCAAUUCAUGUGGGCGAGUGUAACCCUUCCUCUUCUGCUCCUCACUUCCUGUCUCUGGUCUGCACUGUACUUGGUACAACUGAGCUGCAGAGUGUUUCCACAGAGGUGAGACGCAUGCUCUUUGAUGAAAACAAGUCAUGGGUGGUGGGCGGCCAGCGAUUCUUUAAUCUUAAUUUGCUCAGUUUUUGCAUUGUGGAACCAGACUGAUCUCCUUCAAUGUGCUCCUCUACCUGGAGAUUUCCCGGACAGCUUCAGUACAGUGUGCCUGAAUGAAUCUUGACUAGAAGCAGAGCCAGCAUCCUCACACUUCCAGUAAUUGAAGUCCACUGCAUCAUCUGUGAAUUACUAGCAGAAAACUGACUCGAAAAAUGUCAACUUUUGAAAAUGAACCUUGCAACAGAACCACUGCUGACUUCCAGUACUAUCUUUUCCCUGUGGUUUACAGCGUGGUGUUUGUGUUGGGAAUGAUUGGCAAUUUGGGAGCUCUUUAUGUCUUCAUUUGCAAGAUGACAAACCACAGCUCUUCAGAUGUGUACAUUAUCAACCUGGCUGUGGUGGACACUAUAUUUCUGUGCACCCUGCCUUGCAGGAUUCAUUACCACCUCAACCACAACAACUGGAUAUUCGGAGACUUGGCCUGCAGGAUCACUGGGACUCUGUACUUCACUAAUAUCUAUAUCAGCAUCACCUUCCUUACAUGUAUUUGCAUUGACCGCUACAUUGCUGUGGUGCAUCCCCAUACCUACCUGAGGAUCAAAAACACGAGCCUCACAUUAAUGGUUAGUGUGUGCGUCUGGGCUGUGGCAGUGUGUAUAAUGUUGCCUUUGCUGCUUGGUGGUCCACUGGACAGCACAUCUGACGGUAACACCACCAGGUGCUUUGAGAACUUCUCAUUUGAGGACUGGACUCACCGGAUGCAAGCUUACAACAUAUGCGCUCUGCUGUUUGGCUCUGCGAUCCCUUUGAGCAUCACGAUGAUCUGCUACCCGCUGAUACUCAAACGCAUCUCCAAGAUCCCAACCCCCAGCAGCAGAAGGGCCCUCAGCAUCAUCUGUCUGAUUCUCGCCAUCUCUGUCACCUGCUUCCUCCCAUACAGCAUCAUCCAUCUUCUCUACUACCUCUCCAGGCUUCGUAUCAUCACCAACUGCUCUUUCCUUCAUGGGAUAUACAAGAUGCGGAGAGUCACCAUGGCUAUUGUCAGCUGUAACAGCUGUCUGGAUCCUGUGCUCUAUUAUUUCGCAACCACGAAAUUCAAAUGGAGUUUCCUGAAGUGUCUCAAACCAAAGAGAACAGAAAGGGUCUACACCAUUUACACAGCUAAAUAAAUAUUUGGAGUGAUUGUCAACUGAAAAUGAAGAUGUUUACACAGGAACAUACAGGAAGCUCUGUGUUUAUUUCACUCAUGAGGAAUAAACAGCAAGCUGCUUUCUCAUUGCCUGACAUGCUUUUCAGCCAGUAACAUGCUUUUAGGCAGAAGACACUGCUGAGGUGAAAUAGAGGUUAAAGAGUAGCAGAUCAGUGUACCUGCAAUGAAGGCAUCAAGCUGAUACAUUUCCUGUACUAAAAGGAAAGGUUUGUGAGACCUGCACAACGAAUGAAAGGUUUAAUUGGCUGGAACCAUUUCAAAGAUACAUUGUAGCUCAAUUAGUGUCAGACUAAAGUUUUGUAGUUCCAAACAUAUUCUUGUGAAAAAAAAUAUACAAAUAAAACCCAUUCUAAGCUUCCCCAUGUUUGUUUCUUUUUACUUUCACAUUGUCCUGCAUAUAAGAACAUUAUAAAUGGGAGGCGGCCAUUCAGAUCAGCAAUGCUCAUCCGGUUCCUAGUAGCUGAUUGAGCUAAAAA